CCUCGAUCUCUUUCUUCAGUGACUUCCAUAGACUGGAAAUCUGACUUAAAACAAAACCACUCUAUUCAUCGUAUUCGAGAAAAUGGCAGAAGUCCUUGCCCCUUCCAGCCAAAAGCCCAAUGAUUUCGAUCCCCUUGAAAGCAAUGAUCCCGGACACAUCUACGCUAAAUACGACAAGUUAAGAACCAUGUGCCCUGUUGCCUUCACAGACAGAUACAAUGGUUACUGGCUCCUCAGCCGACUCGAAGAUGUAAAAAGUGUUGCUCUCGACGGGACUACAUACAUUUCAUCAGUGAAAGCAGUCGUACCCAGCGACCCACGAGGCAUUCGUCGACCUCCACUGAAUUUUGAUGCGCCAGCACAUACACCCUAUCGAACGGCACUGGAUAGGACACUCAAGCCCACAAGACUAAAGCGUCUGGAGAAAACUCUCGAGGCGCAUGCGGAGAAGGAAUUGGCCCCAAUGCUUGAAGCAGGAGGAGGGGACAUAUGUAUGGAAUAUGGAGCGAGUUACACUGAAGGAUUGGCAGCUAGUGCCGCUGGGUGGAUAAAGGCAUGGAGAGCACAAGACGGCGAUGCAACAACGGAGUUCUCGACAAAGCUGUAUAGGACUGCCGAGACAUUACUUGAAAGUCGAAGGCAACAUCCUCGAUGUCCAGAAGACGAUCCAGCUUCGUCGUUGCUACUUGAAAAGGAUGCCGAUGGAAAUUUCUUGGAUAAUAGCCAGCUUAUAGUCUGCCUCCGCCAAUCUCUCGUUGUUGGAAUGGUCGCUCCACCCCUCUUGAUCGGAGCAAUAUGCAACCACCUGUCGAAAGACCAAGAGCUUCAAACACAAUUGAGAUCGGACCUCAGCUUGAUUCCUGCCGCAACGGAGGAGUUCAUACGCCUCUACACCCCAUAUCGAGGCUUCUCUCGCACAGCAUCCAGAACGGUUUCUUUGCAUGGCAGAGAGAUCAACCCAGGAGAACCAAUUACCCUUUCUUACGCGGCUGCCAACCGCGACCCUUUGGUAUUUCCAGACCCUGAUAAGUUCAUCUUGAACAGAGAAAAUCUCACCUCUCAUCUCGGUUUUGGAAGAGGGAGGCAUCGGUGUGCAGGAAUGCCGUUGGCGAGGAUGAUGAUACAAGUUGCGUUGCGAGUGUUGCUUAAGAAGUCCAAAGGGUUCGAAGUGAACGGAUCGCUGGAGUACGCCAGGAUGCCUGAGAUGGGGAUAAUCAGUUGUCCAUUGAGCAUUAAACCAUAGAAUUUAUACUUACGAUUUGCCCAUUCCUCGCCC